CUUGUCGGUUAAACUUCCCGGAAAGGAUGUUUAAAUUGUAGAAAAUAUAAUAAAAAGCUACUAAAACACACUACAAAUGAGUAAAAGUGGAUGUUAGCGGCACAGAUAGAAGGCUGAAGUUUCAUAAGAACGUGUUAUAGAAGACGCCCCAUAAUGACAAACGAUCUGGAUUACGAAAAAAGAAGAAGAGAAGGUCGCUAACUUUCUGGAGCUCCAUGAAUCUUCAAUUAAUUCAGUUGAUAUAUUGAAGUGGUCUGUACGGAAAAAAACUAAUUUUGUUAUUGAUCUCCACGUCAAUCGUCAUGUACUUAACGACGUGACAAGGUAAAAGUUACCCCGAUUCAGACGGAAACGGAUCAUUUUUCUGCUCAAAUAUCAUCAUUGAUGCAGAUAUGAAGAUCGUGAUACAGGAGUAGAGGAGCAGUGAAGAGUGGAAUUAAUUCCUUCCUCUGGCUAGAAUAUCUUGAUACUAAUGAUUCCAUAACAAGCCGCCAUGAAGAAAGUUACCGGAUCGGCUGGAUAUCCGCGGAUUCGGGAUAUCCACCUAGCUUUCGUGACUUAAAAAAAUCUUGGAUGGAUCAAAGAAAUCGAAGGCAAAUGUCCUCCGGAGUUACCAACUUGAUGCUCGCUUGUCAACAAGGAAGAGAUGCAGAUGUUAAGAUGAUUCUAAGUCAAAAGCCCUUCCUGGCCUCCAAUAGAGACCGUUAUGGAAAGACGGCUGUGCACUACUGCGCCGAAAAUAGUUCCCUUUCUUGCGCCUAUCAGGUGCUUUCUAUAGAAAAGAGUCUUGUUAAUGCUCAGGACAACGAUGGAUAUUCUCCUCUGCAUUUGGCCGUUAUCAGUGGUAAUAAAGUGAUGGCCAGGUUCCUGCUCAGAAUGGGUGCUGACGUCGAUGCCGUGGAUAACGAGAAACACACUUGCGUUCAUUGGGCCACGGUUUGCGCAGAUGUAGAGAGUCUGGAGAUUCUGAUCGAUGCAGGUGCUAAGAUAUCAACUUCCGAUAUCCACGGAGCUCAUCCAAUGCAUUACGUGGCUCAGAUGAGUGGAAGAUACAAUCCAAAUAGAAGGGCUGCUCUGGGCGUGCUUCGUCUCUUGUUACAACACGGUGCUCAAGUCGACUGCAGGGAUCAAGAGGGAAGGCAACCUCUUCUUUGGGCCGCCUGUUCGGGUAGCAGCGACGCCAUUUUGAGCAUCAUUUCGGCUGGCGGCAGCAUUGAUGCAAAAGAUAACGAUGGACUUUCGGCUUUGCAUUAUGCUGCGAGUAGGGGUCACACCGAUUGCGUGGACGUGUUGAUUACUUUAUGUGGUGCCAACAUUGACGAAACGGAUAACAGUGGAUGCACGGCUCUCUACUACUCGGUGGCUAUGGGCCAAGCCGACUGCACCCAGCUAUUGCUGAAAUACGGUUCGGAUGCUGACCAUCGUGAUUUGAAAGGAAGGACACCAGCCCAUUGCGGUGCCGCUAAGGGUCAUUUAGAAAUGCUGAAGAUUUUGGAAAACCACGGAGCCAACUUGUGGAUACGAAAUCUCAAGGGUGAUCUUCCUCUUCACGAAGCGGUGCAUUUCGGUAGAAAAGACUUAGUAUGCUGGCUUUUAGACCAAAGAAACAAUGCAGUCAACGCACCGAACAUUCAUGGAAAGACACCAUUGCAUAUCGUAGCUACAAAUAACAAUAUCGAACUAUGUCAACUUUUAAUAGAUCGAGGGGCUUCGCUCAAUGCUCUCAUGAAAACUAGCAAAAGUGUAUUGAUGACUCCUUUAGAUGCUGCAAUUUCCCGUAGAUAUCGAAGAUGUGCCAAAUACCUUCAAUCUCAAGGGGCAUUACCUGCUAAUAAACUGCUGGAAAAGUGCGAAAUGAGCAGGUCAUUGGUUAACCUCCUUGAAAGUUGUGCUCGACCUUCUAGCAGCGAAGGAACCACCUCGCCCAUUGCCAAUAGCGAAGGAGGAGAAAGUCUUCCAUCCCCUUCUCAUCAGCCAGCGCGCGAUAGGUGCGAACAUCUCGAUUCGGGUGUGCACGUCAGACUGUCUCAAGUGGACAUCUGGGACCUUUGGGAAUCUCUCACUCAAAGUUCUCAGCGCCUUCCCACUACACAAAAAGAGGAGGAUGAUCAACGAGACGAUAAUUCAAAUCAGUUAAUCAUAAAUAACAUUUACGUGUAUAAGGAGGAAGAGAAGACCAGGAGCACCCCAGAAAAUGCUAAAGUAUCGGAAGAGAGCCAUAGAAAAAACAACAGAUUGCCCACAGUGAUGGAAAUGAAUAGGGAAUCCAACGGAACAUCGAAUUUCGAAUAUCGAAAUGGGAGCAGCAUCUCUUGCGACAGGGAAAGAAAUAUUGAAGAGAAUCAUUUAGAAAGAGCGGAUAACGCGAAGAUAAGACGAAAGAGUAGAAGUGAUGUGGAAGGAGCAGAUCACGAGUCUGAAAGGAAAAUGAAAAAAUCACUCUCUAUUUCCGAUUUUGAUCGACAUUCCGACAAUCUGAUACAAAAUAGGAAUGUCAGGAACGAGAAAUCUUCUCUGUACGCGAAGAAACAAUUGCACGAGGACGAUUCGUAUAAAAAUGCACCUAGAACAACAAGGAGAAAGAAGAAUAACAUUGAAGAUAGGGAGACGUCAACAGACGAUGAUUUGUAUAAAAGGAAACAUCAUGAAAAUAGAACUUUUGAUAAGACUUAUCAUCAAAAAAAUAUCAGAAGAGAAGAAUAUAAUAAUUCCAUUCAUUUAGACAGCAGAACGGAAGAAUGUGGAGAAGAUAAGACGAUUAAGAAGGAUAAAACGUCAAGAAGCGAUGGCGAAUUUGAUAAAAACGCAAAUUAUUCAAAUCAGAAAGAUUUUCCUGAAAAAGAAAAAUGGCGAAGAGAUAGAAAGAAGAUCUUGGAAGUUAGUUCUGAUCAUUUGCAAAACAUUGAAAACGAGAACUAUCAUAAAGGAAAAACGUACGAAAGAUACAAUUCCAGAGAAGAUAACGCUGUGGAUUUAACAAUUCGAGCAGAUAAGACAAAAUAUACGAAGAAAAUACCCGAAAACAGUAAGAAAAAUAUAAAAUACGACAGCUUUACUUCGUCUAGUGAAAGUUCCGAAACUCUUCCGGCUAUAAGACACGCAACUAGAUCGAGAGAGACAACAAAAAUCGAAAAACAAUCGCUUAACAAAAUUCAAGAUCCUGGUUCUUCUACAGAAAUUAUUUUGCCAGAAAUUCACGCACAGAAAACUAACAAUCGUUCGAGUACUCGUCAGAAUGCACCAUUGUAUACUAGAACGGUUGUUUCGGAAGAAAGUCGAAAGUUUCCUGAAGAUAAAGAUGAUGAUCUCUCAUCUUUUGCUUCCGAAUCAAUUUCUAUUUCACUUUCGGAUUCUUCUGAAGAAAUUUCCAAAUUUAAUUUGAUUCCAGAAAGGCAAAAAUCUAAGAGGAAAAAGCAUCAUCAUUCGUCUUCGGGAAGAGAAUCAUCAUCUUCAAGCUCUAACGAACAGAGGAAGAGAACUUCAUUUAAAUCUAAUUUAAAAAGAGCGAGCGCACUCUCCGACAUCACUUGCAAACACGAAAAUUUAUUAAAUAAAGAAGAGGAAAAUAUAAAAAGAACAACUAAAUCAAGCAACAGCCGCCCCAGGACUGUGAUAAUGAAGUGGAAGAAGGCGACGAAGAAAGUAAUAUAUUAUCUGAAAAAACGAAGGAAAGAAGAGGAAAUUUUAAAAAAUGAAAGUCUUCAAGAUGGAAUUUUUAAAGGAAAACCAAAACAGCAAUCUACAGAAGAAUAUUGUAGGCAAAAUAAUAAAAAUCUUGAACAAGAAAGGUAUCUUCGGCAGAAACAUCAUUCAGAAAUCGAAGAACGUGUCCAUCCUUCAAUCAAAAUAAGAGAUUCGAAACUCAUUUCCUCUCCUCUCGCUACUUCCGAGGAAAAGAAAGACGAGCAAACGAAAGAUUCAGAUGAACGCAACUCUUCUUUAUCAAUUAUAAAGAAGUCAUCUGCUUCAUUAGAGUUAUCUCCUGAAAUUUUGGAAAAGAAUCCUCCAGCUGAUCGACCGACAAAACAAAAUCAAUCAAUCUAUAAAAACUCUUCGGAAAUUAAUGAUUGGCACACGAAUGAAUGUAAAAAUUUAAUUGAAAACGCUGAGAAAUAUUUGGAUUCGAGUGAAAAUUUAUCAGAAAAUGAAGGAAAAUCCGUUCCUGUACUUCCAACAAUAGAAGAAAAUGUUAAACGUAAAGAUGACGAAACUUUAAAAGUGAAACAAGAAGUACAACUUCCUAUCAUUACAUUAAGCAGUGUUGAAACUACAGAUGUACAAAUUGCGAAUGUUGAGAAUUCGGAAGGCGUAUCGUCUCGUCCUCUAGAAGACAGUUUAGAAAGAGAUAAUUUACAAAAUUUUGAAGAAAAUACGGUAGAAAUUACAGAAGUUGCUUACGUAGAUAAAGGAGUUCAAAUAGAUCAAGAAGUGGAAGAAAAUUAUGCAUCAAACACAAAUUCUUUGAAAGAAACAAUCGAGUUGUCAACAAUGGAGUUAAAGGAGAAGAUCAGUAACAUUUCUUCAACUUUAAGUGACGAAAUUUUUACUACGAAAGAAGAACUGAGUAAGAUAAUUGAUGAUUCGAGUGCCAAAUUAGAAGAGGAGACUAAAAAAUCUGUGGAUAAAUUAAGAGAUUUAAUACUAACCAUGAAAACUGAAAAGAAGCCAAUGGAAAGGAAAGAAAUGACGAGGAUAACGGAGGAAGAUGAGGAUAACACAAUUAAAAAUGCUAAUAAGGAGGAGGAUUUUGAAAAGGUGCGAUCGGAAACUGAAGUGGUACAUUUAGAGGUAGUCGAAUCUAAUAAAGAUCAGUCUCUAUCAAAGAAUCAAAUGGGAGAUGUCAUGGAUGAAGUUAGAGAAAAAUCGACAGAAGACAGUUCAAAUGAAUUCUCCAUCAAAGAAUCUCAUAAGGAUGAUAAAUAUGAUGAUUCCGUAUUACCAGAAGAAGUUGAUGGUGAUGAAGAAGAUAAUACUUUUGAAAAGAAUAAAUCAGAAUCAAUUGAUUCUGCAGAAGAAAGUAAGCAACUUAUUGAAGAAACAUCUGACGGUAAAUUACUUGAAACUCACCAAGAAAUAAGAAUAGACGAGGAAGAGAUCGAUGAUACAGACGAAUUGAUCCUACAUAAUAAAAGUGAAACAGGUGAAACUGUAUAUUUACAUUCGAAAAUCGAUAACGACGUAGCCAAAGACGACGGGUCUUCAUUUUCUCGAGAUGAAGAAAGAAAUCUGAAGAAGAAGGAACAUUUUCAAAUUGUGGAUGAAGAGUGCAAACAUGGAAUAGAUGAAAAUAUAAGUGAAUUGCUAAGCGAAAGAAGGAAUAUUAAGGACGAAGCAGAGAAAACUCAAGUUGAAGGUAGUGAAAAUAAUGUAGAAAAUGGAAAAGUCGAAGAAAAAGAAAUUUCUGAUUAUUCUAAACUCUAUUUAGAGAAUAAAAUAGAAAGCGAUUAUUCUAAAAUUGAAUCGGAAUGCUUAGAAAAUGAAUUUAAAACAAAGAUGGAUGACAUACGAUCAGAUGAUAAAAAGCAUUUCGAAGAAGAGCUAUCACAGAGUCGAAUGAAUGAACACGCACACACGACUGAAAUGAUGGAUGAGGGUUUGUCGAGUGAUCGAUCAGCGAAAAAAGAGGAAAUUCCUCCUCACGAUCCAUCUAACGACACGUUAGAAGAGGUGAAAGAAGUGGAAGAGAACAGAAGAGAGCAGACGAAGUGCUCGAGUGAGAAACAAGAUCUAAAAGAUUCUCAGGAAAACGAGACAUUGGAUGAAGAAUCAGUUCAAAUUCGUGACAUAAAAUGCCCAGAAAUUGAAGAUGAAGCAAUGGAUUCACAAAAAGUAAUUGAUAGAGAAUCUCCAGCUUCAGCAAGUGAUCAGAAUCAACAAUUACGUGAGAAAACACUUAUGGCUAUGGUAGUCGAGGAAUUUAACAAAUUAAUUACAAGAGAUGACUUUGCAGAAGAGGAAAAAGAAGAGAAAAUUUUAGAGUCUAACUGUCAAGACUUAAAAAAUGAACACGAAAUUAAAGAAAGAGAUGAAUCACCUUUAAAGAUAGACAAAGAUGAUGCUUUAGUUGAUGAUCCGAGUCGAGAAGAAAGUAAGUUGGAAAAAGUAACGACUGUAGAAGACGAUAAACAUGUAAAUGACACACAAACUUUGUCUGUAACUUCUCUAGAUAAAGAGAUUAUUGUGAAAGAUGUAAAAAGUGAAACACAAUUUAAAUCCACUUCUGAUAUCAAAAUUAAUGAAGAAAAUAAUGAAGUAAGAUCUGAAGGAGUUGAAACGAAUGAAGAAAAUGCUAAAAGCGUAGGAGAAAAAGAGGAAACCGAAGAAAGAUUGAUAGUAGGACAGAGUGUUUUAGAACAAAUACAAGAUAAAUCUAGUGAAAAUGCCUUGGAUGAUAAGGAAUGUCAAGAUCUUAAUACGGGAAUGAACCAGGAAGACAAUGUUCCUGAAUCGAUUUCGAAUGAUGAAGAAUGUCAGCAUCUAAAUUCAGAAGAAAAAAUUGAGGAAGCAAAAGAAGUAAAAGGAAAUUCUGAAAUGGUUUCGGAAACACAAAAUUUAAAUACUGUUAUCAUCGAAGAAAUUCAAGAGAAAGAAACAAUGGGAAAAAUUACAAAACAUGUAUGCGAAGAAGAGGAAAGAAGUGAAUCAGAUAAUGUGGAAAUUACAAAAGAUUUACAAGAGAAGAAUACAAUUAUAGAUAAUGAACUACAAAGUGAAAGAAAAAUUAACGAUGAAGUUGUAGAAGAAAACAUAACAGAUAAAGAUAAUGAAGUAAAAUGUGCGAGUGAUGAUGAAGAAGGUAAAAUAAUUAAACAUACAAAUGAGAAAAUUGAAGAUGUAGAUCACAAUGAUAAAAUUGAAGCUGAAGUUGAUGAAAAGUUUACAGAUGGAGAUGAAAAAGCUAAAGCUGAAGUUGAUGAAAAUGUAUCAGAGGUAGAUGAGAAAGCUGAAUCUGACAAAAAGUUAGCAGAUGAAAAAGUUGAAGAUGAUGACAAGAAAGUAGCAGAGGAAAGUGAAAAGAUUGAAGCUGAAGCUGAAGCAAAAGUAAAAGAAGAUGAAAAGGUUGAAGCUGAAGCUGAAGCAAAAGUAGAAGAUGAAAAGGUUGAAGCUGAAGCUGAAGCUGAAGCAAAAGUAGCAGAAGAUGAAAAGGUUGAAUCUGAAGCUGAAGAAAAAGUAGAAGAUGAAAAGGUUGAAGCUGAAGCUGAAGCUGAAGCAAAAGUAGCAGAAGAUGAAAAGGUUGAAGUUGAAUCAGAGAAAAAUAUCUCAGAUAAAGAUGAAGAACGAAAAGGCCAAGAGAAAUAUAAUGAACAAGAACUUGAAAAUUCGGAAAUUGAAAGUGUUGAAGAUGGAAAUAAUAUAAAAUCUUCAAAUGAAAAAGAAUCGAUUAUAAAUUACGAUAAAAGCUCUGAAAUUGGUUCGGUUUUGGAUUCUAUUGAUACCGAAAUAAAAUUAGAAAAAGAAAAAUCUGACGAAGAAUCGAAAAGUGAUAAUGAAAUCACAGUAAUUUCGGAGAGUAAUGAUGAUAAAAGCGUGAAAACAACAGAAAAUCAUAAAAAAAGUAAAGAAAUUUCCCUGAUUUUAGAAACUGAAGAUAUUAAAAAUGAGAUAAAUGAAGAAACCAACGAAAAAUGUAAAGAAAUGAAUUCUAAGAUAGACAAAGAAAGCAACCAGGAAAAAGAAGCCGAUGGAAAAACAGAAGUUUGCAACGAAGACUUAAGUACUAUAGAAGCUGAAAAAGAUGAAGAAGAUCCUAUACAACAACUUAAGAGUGAAGAUGUGAUGGAAGAUGAUUCACUUCAAGGGAGUUCGGAUAAAGUUUCAAGCAAUUUAUCAGAGAAAAUUGUUCCUGAUGAAAAUAACCAAAAAGAAAAAACCGAAGUUGAUGAAAAACUAGCAAAAGAAGAUGAAAAAGUUGAAGCUGAAACUGAUGAAAAGGUUGAAGAUGAAGCUGAAACUGAUGAAAAGUUGGAAGAUGAAGCUGGUGAAAAGGUGGAAGAUGAAGCUGAUGAAAAGGUUGAAGCUGAAACUGAUGAAAAAGUUGAAGUUUUGGAUAAAAAAGAAGAAUCAAUAAAAAUUGAUGAUAAUGAUAAUAUUUUGAAUAAAACCCAAGACAAAUUAGAAUUUAUGGAAGAAAAAUAUAUUCAUGAAGUGACAGAAGAACCAGUGGAAGGAUCAGAAUAUUCUGAAAAAACAAUGGCUCAUCUCGAUGCCGAAUCAAUGAAAUUCGUAGAUGUCGGAGAGAGUAUGGCAAAAGUUCACGAGAGUGAGAAAAUAAAUGUUAAAGAGAAAGGUACGGAAAUUAUCCAAACUUCUACUUCGGAAGAGUUAGGUGAAAUUUCGUCACAAGUUGUAGAAAAACGAAAUUUUACAAAACUAGAAAAGAAAGUAAAAGAUAAAAGGAUCAAUUUGGGACUGAGAAACCAUCCGCUACAAACAAGAAAAGGAAGAGAAGUGGCUAUAGAUAGAAACAGAAUUUGUAGCAAAGUCAAAAGAGGGCAGCCCAAAAUAGAAGAGAUAACUGUGAAAAAGGGUGCACCAGAUGGUGCCACUUAUCCGAGAAAGGUAGACACAGACGAUCACGUGAUAUACGUCGAAAACACGACUAAGAAUAAUAAAGUAAUUAAGCCAAAGCGGGGCGGCGCAUUACAGUCCAGAAAUCAAUGCACGGAGAAAGCCGCAUAUAGCAGUGACGACGGAACCAAUCGGACAGGAAGCAAAGUCGACAAGAGACAAAAAACGAACUUAGUUAUGCUCAGACAUGACGAACAAAGUUUAGACAACGAUGGCAUACAAAAAACUCCAGAGGAACACUCAAAAAAACCUGAAGACGAAGAAAGAAAGAAGCAAGAUGCCAUGGAAGAAGAAGAAAAGAAAAGUCGCGAAGAUUCGGCAAUAAAUGAAGAUAUCGAAACGGAGGACACGAAAUCUAUAAACAUUAUGGAAGUGAAAGAGACAAAAAUAGUAGAAACAGAAGUGGCAGAACACAAAGAGACAAAAGAAGUGACAAAAAUCAAAGAAGAAACAAAAGUGGAAGAAAUCAAAGAGAUAAAAAUCAAAGUUGAAGAACCUUUGGAACCACCAAAAGCGCCAAUCAAUCAACGAGCUUCACCUCGACGCGUGAAGCCCAUGACCAAAGAAGAUUCUGCAUUGAAAAAAUUUCGUCAGUGUUACGCCAAACACAAGAACAGUUUGAAAAAUGUCCUACCCGAAACUCCGACGAGAAAAACGGGUUACACCGGAAGCUACAAAGAGGUUGGAACUACAGACACGGUAUCUUCGAGAAGAAUUUCGGAUAAAGGUCGCGCCAAAAAAAGUGUGCCCAUUAUUAAAGAAGAGACGUCGCUGAUAGAUCAUCAAGAAUACGUCACGGAAGAUGCGGAAGAUGAAAUUGUUUCUUACAUGAGUCUAGAGAAGGAGAGAAACAAAAUGUUAAGGCACCGAUUUAAGGAUAGUUCGUCUGUUCGGAUGCCUUGCAAGAAACACAAGACCGUGACCAUCAGGACCACCAGAGAAGAAAGAAGUUCUCUCGGUAAGAAGAUUGGAGGAUCAAAAACGCGCAACGUGGCCAUCCAAGCCAGUGGUCGACCUUCGACUCGCCACCGAGUGUGUCUGGAUGGUGGCAAAUAUCCCGUAAUCCAAUGCGUGAGCUGCAAAAGUAAUGAGCAGUCCACCUCACAAGUUGGACGAGAGAAGAGGAUAUGCGUGUGUGAAGACGAAGAGAAGAAAUGUUGCCUGAAGAAGGAUUUGUUACUCUCUGACAAGAUGACAUCACGGAAUUUCAGCCAUCAUAGACACGUCUCGCGCAAGUUGGCUACAAUACCGGAAAGUAGCGUAGGUGACGCUCUCAGGCCCUGUGCACGCACCAGACCCAUCCUUCCUUCGCUGCCUACUCCCAACGUUCCACCUCGAUAUAGUAGACACGAUCGUAGAGUCAAUUCUAUUUUGGAUCAGAUACAAUCCUUGACUUCUCCAGUUAGUUUCUUGGUUACGCUGGAAGGCUCUUCUACGGCCACUCAACAUCGAUUAUCGAUUAACAUUACCCCCACUAAGUCCAAGAGCAUGGACGAUAUAAUGGAUAGGAGCAGAAACCCUCCCGUGGCUCCUAGAAUGAAAAAAGGAGUCAGUUUACCAAAUUUCCAGAGCGUAAAACAUACGUCACAGAAAAUAACGAGUGAGAAAAUUCAGAAACGUGAACUGCCAAGAUUGAGCACGCAGAUGGCCAGAGAUAGUAGCAGAGAGACGAAAUUCAAACGUAGCCCAGGAAAAAAAAGAAGCUUAAAAGUAGAAACAAAUCGGAAUGCCACCUUUGCGGACGUCCAAAAGCCUGCCACAUCCAAAAUGAAGGGAGAGAGCGAACCUGUUACUUUCCACGUGGACCACGGACGUUGUCGUGACACUUUCAAACUUCCCACGGAUCCUCUGAAGGACAAGAGGAAGUGGGAAGUCACUUUCACCAUCAAGAAAGACUUAAAAAACAAAGAAGCAGAGAAGUGAGCUUGAAAAUGGUUUACUUCAGAUGAAUGGGAUAUUAGAACCCUUCUUUCGUGCCACUGCCCAAGAUAAUAUUCCUGCCGAAGUUAACCCAUCGCCGUUGUAGCUUGAUAUUGGGAUUUACGUGUAGAAGAAUGAAUCGAAAGAUAACGGAUCCUAUUUUUACCGAAGAAGGAAAGUAUUUCUGCAAUAAUUUAUUCAAUGUAAUUCGUUAUUAUGGGCUAACUGCUGUGAUAAAUUAUGUACAAUGGUCUAUACCAUGUAUAUUUUUGCUUUGUGAAAGCCUUUGUAUUGUUGCAAUAAAA